AUAGUUAUAAUAAUAAUGAAAUAGUUUAUAAUUAGUUAAUGCUAUUUAUUAAAAUUAUGAUGUAAUAUGUAGUAAAAAAUUAGAAUUACUUUGUGGUUAAAACUAUUAUAUGUAUUCAUGCUUUUUGUGUGAUAUACUUUUUUUCUUUGACAAGUGGCAAAUAUUUUUUUAAGAAAUAAAUGAUUUUCACUUAAAUUUUCUUUUGAACAUUGAAUUACAAUGACAUCAAUUUAUUUAUCUAAAAUACCGGAUAAAAGUCAUGUUGCAACAAUUCAACAUAUGUAUGCAGCAGAAAAUGUUAUUUGUUCCACAACAUUUAACCAAUAUGUUUUAAUUAAAAUAAACGAAGAGUUGAAAAUAUUGUGUAAACAUGUACCUCAGAUUAAUUUUACUAAUACUUUUGCACGAUGUGAGAUGAGUGUUGUACAGCAUAUGCCUAAUCAAUAUAUAGAUCCAUCUGUUGUUAAACUAGAUAUACCUAUUGAGUGUAUUGAAAAAGUUACUGUAUGUAAUGCUAAACGUAUCUUUGUUAGUGUUAUUUUCAGUGAUGUAAAAUACCAGAAUGAUUGGUCAAAUGACACUUUAAGUUUAACAAAAGUUAUUAAGAAUUGUUUACGGUUAUUUGUAGUACAUAACCAUUGUAUAGUAAACCUGAAUAAACUUGGAUCAAACCGAACAUUAAAUAUAGUUUACAUUCUCAUUCAUAGAACAGAUUGUAAUAAUAAUGCUGCUCGUAUUACAACUGAUACUAAUAUAGUAAUAAUUAAAACAAUGUCAUACUUACAGUUUCAACAGGUAGAAAUUGGUUUAAAAGUAGAACCAGUAUUUGGUCUUGCAUCACAAGUAAGUUGUCUAAAAAAUAUCAUAGAAGUAGCAAAAACAACAAAAAAAUUAUAUCAAUGUUCAUUCUUUUGUAAUCAGAUUAUGCUUAUUGGACCAUCUGGUUGUGGAAAAACAAGACUUGUACAACAUGUUGCUGCAUCAUUAAAAUGUAUACUCUUAAAUUUUUUAUCUACUGAUUUUAUUAAUUCUGACCCAGGUUCCACUGAAAUUUCUAUUCGGAAUUUAUUUUUGAAAGCUAAACUUAUGAUCCAACAAGAUAAAAAAACUGUCUGUAUAAUAAUGUUAGAAAAAUCAGAAAGUAUUUUAAAUGGUAAAAAUACAAAUGCUAAACGAAUUUGUGCCCAACUACAAGAUUGUUUAGCAACAAUUCAAAAUCAACCUCGAAUUUUAGUUAUAUCUACUACUAGUUUACCACAGUUUAUUGAUCCUUCAUUCAAACAAGGAUCAAGGUUUUCUUAUGAAAUAUAUAUUGGUGUUCCGUCAGAAAGUGAAAGAUCUGAAAUGUUCUUUGGUUUUUUUAAAAAUUUGAACAUAGAUAUUGAUAGUAAUAUUUCAUACAUAUUAGCCAGACUAACUCCAGGCUAUACUGCUGCUGACAUAGAGCUUGUAACUAAAGAAUUUUCAAAUAAUCCAAGUAUAAUUUUAGAAUUAAAAAAUGGGUCAUCAAUAAAUGCAAUCAAACUUCUUUCAAAAUAUCCUGCUUCAUCAUUGAAAUCUGGUAUUGGUCAAGUUAUUACCAAGUCAGAAUCAAUAAGAAACACAAAUUUAGGAGGAUUAAAAGAAGCUAAAUCGCUAUUUGAUAUCUGUAUAAAAUGGCCAUUAAUUUAUCCAGAAUCAUAUAGAUAUUUUGCUGUUACUCCUCCCAAAGGUGUAUUACUUUAUGGUCCUCCUGGAUGUGGUAAAACAAGUCUUGUACGAGCUAUCGCAUCAUCAUCUGACCUAAAUGUUCUUACAGUCAUGGCUGCAGAAUUAUAUUCUCUCUAUUUAGGUGUUACAGAAACAAACAUAUCUCAACUAUUUCAACGAGCAAGGUCUAAUGUUCCAUCUAUUCUAUUUAUAGAUGAAAUAGAUGCUUUAGUUAGUUGUCGUACUGAGCACAAAGAAUCUGCUGGUUUUGAAGACAGAGUUCUAUCAACAUUUUUAGUUGAAAUGGAUGGUAUUAGUAAUAAUAAUGAACUUGGACAAGGAGUUAUUGUGGUUGCUGCUACCAAUCGCCCUGAUAAAAUAGAUGCAGCAUUAUUAAGACCAGGUAGAUUUGACAAACAAAUUUAUGUUCCUCCUCCUUCUUCCAGUGAUGAACGCUUAGAUAUUCUUAGCACUAUAAUAAAUAGCCCAAACAAAAAAAUACCUAUUUCAGAUACCUCCAUUCUAGAUGAAAUUGCACAUUUAACUGAUAGGUUUUCUGCAGCUGAUCUUGCUAGUAUAAUUAAAGAAGCAGGUAUGGUAUGUUUGACAAAUGAGGGGCCAAACUUUACCUCAGUGAAAAGAGAACAUUUUAUGGAAGCUUUGAAUUUUGUAAAGCCUUCUUUAACUGGAGAGCAAGUUUUAUGGUAUGAAUUUAUAAAUGUUUGUUUUUAAAAGUAUGAAAAUUUUGCAUCUAGACGAUAAAAUAUUACUUCUGAACUACCAAAUCAAAUAUUAUGCUUUAAUAUUAAAAAUAUAUGUUUCAUUAACUCAAGAAACCAUCUCAGUUUGUGUAUUAUUAAAUAUAACUUUUCUUGAAUAAAAUAGUAUUAAAAAUGGUAAACUAAUACUGUAAAUUAUUACAGUGGCAAGUAUAAAUAUUAUCCAUGUAAUCAAGAUGCCUUCUGAUGAUGGAACACCAAAUAUCUCUAAUAACCAAUAAAAUACCAUUAAACUGACUGCUAAAAUUUGUUUAAUGUACCUAAAAAUUAUGUUUAAAAUAUUUAACAAUUAAAUGUUACAUUAAUAUUAAAAAACUGUACUUUUUAUCUUACUGA